GGGCGACAAACUAGUUUGCCGCAGAACAUGGAGGAAUAAAAUCUCCAUGCGCAGACUAGACGUAGUGUAUGCUUUAGCCUUGGCCCCAAUUCUAUUACUGCCUAGUAUUACUUGAAUAGUUCUGCUCAUUCAUGUACUUGUACAUGUAGUGAUGUACUAUGUCUACGUGAAUCAUCUUCACGAAGAAGGGUGUUGAAUAAUUCAUGAUGGAGGAGAUACUUGCGAGCAUUGAGCAGCAGCUGUGCUCCUUUCAUAUCCUCGAUGAAAAUGUUGGAGUUGAUGGUGGGCGCAGCCAAUCAGAUGACAACGAUGACAGCUCCUUCCAUGCUGGCCAAGCGUUUGAGUCCUUGAUCAAAAUGAAUGGGAAGCCCAUCCCACCUCCUGUGAUGACAAAACAGAAGCGGCUAGAAAUGAGAGCACUGCGGGGCAAAGCCGUCGAGAUAGAACAGGAACUUGCCAAUCAGAGACGGCUAAAGUUAUUAGAGAAGGUGCAGACUAUUGUUAGCAGAAUAGAGGAGAGGAGAUCUACGAGUCAAGCCAGCCAAGUGGAUGUUAACCCUAUCUCAGUGGAGCCGGAAGACAGUCGCUCACCCAAUCCAGCUAAUCUCUUGCAAGCUCUUGACAAUCCAACAGAUACAAAUUCUGAGACAGUAAAUCAUACCAGCUCUAUUGGACACCCAAAUCAAAACUCAUCCUGGACGACUCUUGACCCAAGAAUACCUCACCUAGUCACGAGCCUUACUGCUGGUAUAUCCAGUGCACAAGGAUCCACUAGUAGCAGCAGUGAUGUAAGUCUGCUCAAUCAGACAGUUGUUGCAGCUUCAGACUUUAGUCCCAAAGAUCAAGAAGGUUCCGGCGGUACACCAAUUGAUUCAACACAAGACAAGAGUCACACUUUAGAAGACACACUGCCUAAUCAUUUGAUUCUGGAAGACUCAUUGGUUCCUUGUAUUAGUCUGCCUCUGCCAGGAAGUAACAUUUCGAAAUCAGACUCCAGUUUUCAAAUCCCUCUGGGCAAAUCUCCAGAAACAAGUCCGCCCAAAACUGACAAAGAUGAAGCCAAUUUUCAACUGCCCAACAAUGUGCCAGUUGGAAUUUCUAAAGCAAUUGGGUCAACAGCAAGUGUAAAAUUAGCCUGUUCAUGGAACCAAGACAAGCAGCAAAUGCUGGAGCCAGAACUAUGCCAAGAUGAAAUUCCAGCUGUUCCACGGUUCCAGCUGAUGCCAAGUCUGAUGAGACUUCAUCAAGAUGAUGAAGAUGACUUGGAACCUUUUGGAGAAAGAGAGACUUACCUCAGUCUCCUUGGGGAAUAUUCCUCCUUGCCAAUGCCCGGAGGAUCCUCUCAUUUCUUCUCUGAUGUCUCUGUAGUCCCGUCCUCUACUCCACUGGAAAACCCCAGCCCCAUCAUGAUUGAAAAACUAUCAGAAGAUUGUUGGCAGAAUCUCUCAAAGGAAAACUCUGGUGAUGUUGCUUUUCCAAAUGAAGAAGAGUCAUCAGUGUUCCUGUCCAUAAGCUCAACUUUGCAGACAAACAGUGCAGGUCUUUCAUGCACUUUGCCUUCGAAUCUUAGGACAAUUAGUGCAGCAUCCACCCUUCAAGAUGUUGAUGAUCCCUGGAAUACACUGACCGAGACCCCUUUACCUACUUGUGAAGACUUUCACCUUAACCCAGAUAUCAGUGCACCCAGAGGGACUCCAGUGGGUCAGGAAGACGGUGGAAGUAAUCCUGUUUCUGUCACCAAAAGUGCCAAGGCUUCUGUGGACAGCACAGGUAAUGAGACUGGAUUUUUUUCACCUGAGAAACGGGUCCGAAGGAACUCAUACACCCUAGACCACCCCUCACCAGCCUUGCUGAGUGCACAGGCGAGGAAUGAAGCACCACAUGCCAGUGUGGAAAAGAAAAAUGCUGGAUCAUCAGCAAGGAGAAGUCUCGAACUAAACAAGGACACCCAAAUAAAUAUCAACGGAAAUUCUCAUGAAGCUGGGAUUGACACUGUUAAACCUGGAGUUCAAAAGACUCGUCCAACUGAAGAAUUUGUAGAGGAAAAGGUCCUACACCAGCAGCUGCAGUACUUUGAGGAGAUGCGGCUUCACCUGGAGCAGCAGCAGAGACAGCAGCUGCAGCAACUUCUAAUGGAGCAGCAGCAGGCACAGAUGGCACUGCAGCAGGAGAUGGUCCAGCUUGAGAGACGCUUGCAACAGCAGCAACAGCAGCAACACCAGCAGGAUACAGCGGAGGGCAAGGAGGACAGGAGGGCAGGGAGUAGGGAGGAUAGGGCUGGGAGACCCAGAGAAGGGGCCGAGACUAAGGGAAAGGUUUUCGCAACAUCAGUUUCACCAGCAAGUGUCAGUUCAAACAAGUCAACACCCAAGUCCUCUCAGAAGACACCAUCACCAGUUAUCGCCUCAAAACAAACCAGUCCCUCCUCUCUGAAUAAAGUGGUCUCUCCCGCAGUCAAGCCUGCGAGCACUGUAGGAAGUGGUGUGCGGGCUGAGCCAUUCUACUUGGGAGGGGAUCCCAGCAGGUUUGAUGGAGGGGCAUCUGUUGGUCCAGUGACGGCAAGAUCACCUGGUGUGGGAGAGAACAUUAGUACCCAGGAACAAAUCAGUCUUCUCAAGCAGAUUAAUUCACCUACAAUGUGCAAGAAACUUGAUAAGAUCUCGGCUGCAGCCAAAGGGUACCUGACAAGAAGAGUGUUCAAGACUCAACAAGUGCAGUCAAUCAUUAAGACUAUCAAGGACUCGGUAGCUUUUGCUGACAAGUUUAUCUCAGAGACGCCCAUCAAAAAAGGUGGCAUGUCCAUGCAGGACAUGGCAUUAGCGGAGCGUGUCCUUGCUCAGGUCAGGGCUGCCCAGUAUGACCUCUAUGACAUUUUCUUCACACUACCCAUAGCUGACAGAAUGAGCCUGAUUGAGAAGUCCAAGAGAUUGAUCGUAGAGGGAGGACAGACCAAAAAGGUAUCUCCCGAGGGAGACACAAAGGUUCCAUCCCAGCCACUAUCAUCAGCUACAGUCAAGGCCUUGGAGAGAAAGAAGAAGGCCAGGGAGGCUGAGGCCAGACUAUUUGGAGACAUGAAAUCAGUGUCUAAGGCAGGAGUUCCAUCCUCCAGAAGCCGGCCUGUCAGUGUUGCUGAGGGCAGAAUCCUAAAGCCAUUACUUAGUCAACGGUCCCCAGCUAGGCCAGCUAGUACAAACACAUACAGACCGUCCAGCUAUGGUCUAGUCAUCAGUCAGGAUCUGCAAAAAUCCAAAGAUAUAAAGAAAUUGACCCAUGACCCCGGGAGGCCAAAGUUCACUGCCCAGAAGGCACCAGGCAAUGUGAUACAGGGUGUGAGAGCGAUGAAGACACGGUCUCCGGUGGCAGUUAAGACCAAAGGCGUGCGGAGGUCACUGUAUCCCAUCACCAAUCCAGCCAAGAAAGUUUCCCGGAGGACAGUGGACGUCAAAAAAUAAAACAUCAGUUUGAGUCAGGUAUCUCCAGAGAUGAACCUAGUGGACCUAGUGGCUGGACUCUACCUUCUUGAAUCCUGCACAUCUUCCAGCAUUGCUUGAUGGAUGUUGAAGAGUCUUAAAGGCAUGCAGUCAUCCAUGCCAAAGAAACACUCUGCUGGAAAAGCUUUUCGGAGGAAGAUGUUUUGAAUUUUUGAAACACCAUGGUGGAAAUGGUGUUCUUGUCAGGAAUAUAGUAGGAAAUAUUCAUCAAUGAGGACCCACAGAAUCACUCCUAAGGCCAUACUCUUGUUAGUAAUUUUGGCCCAGUUAACAUGGGAAAUAGCAAACUGACCUCUUUGAUUGUCUCAAUUUGGUUUACUGAUGAAAUGGCUUGUUCCCUUGGAACUGUCCAUGUGAGGGCUUGACAUAUUACAUUAUACCACUUUUGAUAAGUGUUUCAAGUUUGGAGACAAAUCUUGAUAAAAAUCUUAGACUAGUGUUGGUAGUUAAACGUAGAAAUGGUUUGGCAAAAAAGGAGGUAUCCCGCCUAUUGUUGAUCUCUUGAUUCACCCUUCUAGCUCAUGUUUGAAUUCAUGUCUUUCAACCCUGUAUUGUAUGUUACAUGUACAUCAAGUAAGUUAAGUGUGGACAACUUUAUGCAAAUUUCUGAUUAAGCAAUAAUACACAUAUUUCAUACUUUUUGUAUUCUAUUUAUGUGCAAUGUAAAAGUUGUUUGGCUUUAAAAUUGUUGAAAUGUUUGAUGUGCAUUAAAUGGAGAAGUGUUAUAUCAGUGAGUUAAUUAUAAAGUGAAAUGUGUGGAUUAGUUAAAAACCCGCCCUUUGCAAUUAGCAUAUUGGACAAUGCUGCCCUUUCAGUGAGCAUUUAAUGCACUGGCUGUUCUUAACCAUUAGGGAUUCUAUUCCUGUAUAAGCCAGAUUGGGUGUGCCUGCUUGGGUGUACAUGUAUGUGUGUUGAAGCAUGUUCUCAGCGUCAUGCAUAGCCACUGUGAUGGGUGUACCAGCUCCAAAGGCUUGUCAGUCAACUUGUUAUUUCACUGAACUUUUCACAGUGCUUCUAUCAGAUGUGUUCUCGCUGUUGGUGACUAGUGUGGGUUGGAAGCACAGCUAGGGAAGUGGAAUAGAUUUUCAUGACUGUGUAUGUUAAUAUUUGUGUUCUAUGCAAAUUCUUUCUGCAUAAUGAUGUGGAUACAGGCACUGUAUCUAUCAAGCAGUGAUUGCUGUGCCUAAGCAUGCUGAUUUUUUUCUUCUUUUACAAGGUGCUUGUAAAAACCCUAUUUUAUAGCUUCCAAAAUGAAACUUUUCAGCAGCUUUGUUGAAGUUAAAAAACUUAGAUUUAUUAAUUUGAGAAAUGUAUGUCAAUUAUUUGCCAGUUUUCAUUUGUUACAGCAUUUUGUUUUUUUGCAGUUGACAUUUGUAGUGGAGCUCUUUUAUACAAAUCUCAGUGAAUGUUUGUAAUUCGGAAUCAGAUUUGGAUCCUAAGUUAAUGAUCAGAUGUUUUAAAUACAAGAACCUGGACUUUAUUUAACAACAUGUGUCCUUUAUCUCCCCCAACUUUCAAGAUCUGCAAUCGGUGUGAAAUAGAAAACAUCAGAGUAUUGUCUCCAGUACAAUCAUGUUAUAUUGUAUACAAACCUGCUGAAAGCUCAGAAUGUAGUGCAUGUUUUGAGCAUGGAAAUUUGCUUAUUUGUGUUUAAUGGUCCUCUUUUUGCAUCAAAGUUUGUACGUGCCAAACAGUGAGGAAUGUCCUAUUUAUUUUCAUAUCAUUCACUGGUAACUUAGUUUGUGCAGGAAUUCCACCAUUGGGUUUCAUUAUCUAACCUGUUAACCUUGCAAAAAGGAAAUGCAGUGCAUGUUUGAAUUAACAAUAUUUUAUUUGGCCAUUUUAAGGUAAUGUUAAGUUAUGCUGAAGUGUAACGCUUUCUUGUGAAGACAGUUUUAUUUAUCCAAAUGAAGUUUGCACUCUUUCAAGAGAUUCUGGAGCCACCAAUGUAUUUUACACUAACACAGUUCCAUUUCAUGGAGCUACUUUAUUUACUGCAUUGAAAUUUAAGGCAGUGUUUUGCCAAAUAAUUGCGGAUGCAUGGCUGCAGAAUUAAUAAUCAGUAAACCUUGUUUUCAAUGAAACUUGUCAUUUUGUUAGUUGACAGUUUAUUUGAAAACUAAUAUGGAAUAGUUUCAAUUAAAAAAGCACCAUCUUUGUGUUAAUGUUA